AUGGCCACACCGAGCCGGGAGGAAGAUUGGUUUCCCUCGAGUCUCUUGACCUUUUGCACCACUUCUGUCACCUCUUGUUUUGCCAGUAGUGACCCAGGACAAAGUUGCUCUUCCAUCCGGCUUGUGUCCUUAUCUUCUGUGCUGCUUCUUCUCUCAUGUCUUUAUUUCAUGUGUCAGAGGUGCAAACAGCAUGGAGGACAUCCAGGACACAUUGUGACUUCUCUCUACUGUUUCCUUGGUAAUGUGUGUGGAUUCACUGGAGCGGUUUUGUCCAGACAGCUGCACAUUCAAGUUUUAAUGGGACUUGUCUCUGCUGCUCUGGACAUGGUAAAUGUUAUCUCCUGCUGUAUUCCACUGUUUCUUUGCAGGAACUUGCAAGAAGAAAGAAGGCGAAGAAUGAUCAGGAGGCGCAGGAGAUCUCACCUUCUUGCAGUUUGUUUUCUGACCGCACUUACUGGAGGUUUCCUAAAGUCAGGUGUCCUCCACAGUCCAGCAGGAGACAGGCUCAUCCGAGGGAGGAGGCUGUUUUAUGUUGCCCUGCAAGACAACACUGAAAUCCUUGGUUACAUACUUGGCCUACUGGCUUUUGUCAUCACCUGUACCUCCAAGUUCCCCACACUUUACAGAAUCCACAAAGGGAAGAUGCUGUCAAGAUCUCACAUUUUUUCUUGUGUGCUAUGUUCACUGGCUGGCGCCCUCUAUGCUGCUGCCAUACUUCACUACGACACUCGGGUCAGCUUCCUCUUCAGGGUAAUGCCUUGGCUGCUGUCUGCAGUCUGUGGUGCCUCGCUGGAUCUUCUGACUAUCGUCCUCCACUGGUGUCACAUGGGAACCAGGCAGCAGCCUAUGGGAAUUUUCUCUGAAAUGGAGAGCCUCUUGGGUGACUCACCAAAGGACAAUGCUGUUGUGAAGCAUCAAGGAAAACAAGGCCAAAAAUUCAAUUUGACGGAUAUGGGCCGUUAUAUGGACGUCAGUAUUGACACCGCAAAACAAAUGCACCCCAGAGAUGCAACAGUGUGUGGGAAGGUAGUGGACAACAAGGUUCUGAGCAGGACAUUCCCAAUGUGGGAUUUUGAAGAGGGAAAUGCACGGUGGAAUGAAGCAAAAGCAAAACUACAGGAUGGAGAGGUGUUCCCCUUGCAAGAGUGGCCAAGUAACCCAAAACCAUUUAAUAUGCGUACCUAUGCCUCAUGUAUACUCUCUCAAAAUGGUGUGUCCUGUGACGACGCUGUCAGCCGUUCCAAAUGAUUUAAAAAAUAAAUAAAAUAAUAAUAAUAAUAAUAAUAAUCAAAUUUUCGUGCCACUAAUGGAGUUAUGGCUAUUUGGUGUGUUCAUUUGACAUUCGAUUACAGAAAUGCAUCUAAUUUAAUAAUAAUGCAUAUUUGGUGUAUUCAUUCAAGAUUCCAUUAAAAAAGCAUGAUCUUGAAUCCUCUGAGAUAUUUUGAAGGUUAUGAGCUGCCUCCCUUGCUGUAACAAUAUUCCUCCCAUGCUGCACUUUGAGGUUAUUGUGUGACAUCCUGUAUUUUGCAAGUCACUCUCAGCCAGUGAUUCCCAACCACUGUUCCGCAACACAUUAGUGUGCCAUUAGAGAUCAUCAGGUGUGGGAAAUUAUCAAAUUGUACUUAAUUGGUUAAAACAUUUUUUACUACAAAUAAUGUAUCUUCAUCUUUCUAUGCCACAACAUAUAGUGAGACACAGAACAAUUAAAUGCUCUCCCAUUCAGGCUCUCCCAUUCUCUUGCCAUUCAUAAAACAAAAUAUAGCAAUAGCUUUGUGUUCCACUAAGCAAGCACAGAUUUUAUACCAGGUAAGUACAAUUUCAAAAUAACACAUUUUAGAGCUGU